AUGUCGUUUGUGUGGAUGAAAUUAGUUUUGUUGAAUUUAUUUGGAUUUUGGAAUACAGAUGAGAUAGUUGGUGAUAAAUUGAGAAAUUUUACUGUUUCUGUUUGGCAAUAUGAUCCUGGUCCUCAUAUCAAAUAUAACAUGGUGGAUACUGAAUACUGUAUUUGUGUCCAUUACCCGAACACAGCAGAGAGAGGCACCUGGACAAAUUUAACAUGUACGAAAAUAUGUUUGGGAAGAUUUGUUCUGUUUGUUUUGAACAACCCGACAGUUUUAACAAUAUGUGAAUUAGAGAUAUUUGGUGAUAUAUACAAUGGCUGUUCAACACAGUACUUACCUGAAAUUCAUAUAAAGAAAGUGACAGGUAAACGUUCCAGUCCACCAAAUUGUCCACUCUUAUCAUAUGAAGUAGCCAAUUUAAAUGAGUGUGGCCAUCAAUGUUUACAGAUGAACAACUGUAUCAGUUUUAAUUAUGGUCCUAAUUUAAUCAACACUGUUAAUUGUCAAUUAGUGAGAUGUUUUUCACACCCAAAACAAGACUUUACUGUAGAUAGUGCAUGGGACUGGCGAUAUUUGUCACGUUAA